AUGACCGCUGAAGAGCAAAAGAUUGAGGAAUUACUAACUGCAAUGGAACCGAAAUUAGCCAUCAGUCAGAAUCGUCUUUCACUCAAUGCGGGAUCGGACAAGCGUGAUUCGACGAAACUCGAAACAGAAGAGAUCCCUACGCGAAAUCGUUUGGCUAUCUGUGAUACUGAGAUCGUGAACCACAGCAAUUCAUCAGAAGUUUUUUGUGAACCUGAGCCACCAAAAGCGAAGAAAACUAGCGGGCGUAAAACCGCGGGUAGCCGAAAAUCCGCGGCUGAUGGAAAUCGCCUGGAUACUGGUCUCAGCUCUAUCUCAGUAUUAGAACAGUCGGGUGAGAUAGAUGGACUCGCUGCCUUGGGACGUGACUAUUACCUGCUUGUGAUUCGUCAGCUUGAGCGUCAGAUCACAGCUUAUCGAUCACUGCUCGCGCAACUGACCAAAGAAUAUGAGGCCUUGACUGAAGAGCAUAAGAAGUCCACCGACAGUAACAAGGAGCAAUUAAGAGAUCUGAACAAAGGAUUUCGGGACAAAAUCGAUUUGGCCUCCGAUCUGGUCAAUCGUAUUUGUGGACGGUAUGCGGUGUUCGAAGUCGAGCGAUCGAAAUGGCAAGCACGUGAGCAGGAACUGGAGCAAUCCAAGCGCCAAACGGAGGACCAAAUGAGAGAAGAGAAUGAAUCACUUGCUCGGGAACUUAGUUCUCUCGAGGAAUUUCGCGCCAAUCGGGAGACUCUGCUUCAACGAUAUACUGAGCUGGUUACAAAAUGGGAAGAGAUGAAGAAUGAUCAGGUGGAAGCGCUGAAAAGUCUCUCGGUGCGCGAUGCAGCUUACCGUGCCCGGCUAAAGAAAGCUACACAACGUAAACUGGAUAAGGUGGCAAUGGAGUUUCGCCAGCAGUCGUACGAGCUUACGGAACCAACAUUCAAACGAAUGCUGGGUGAGAGUGUAUCGAUCAAGGUUCAGUUGGCGAAACUGUCCACAGCUGUCACACAAAUAUCCGAAGAUAAUAUCGCAAAAACAAAGGAAUACCAAAAGCUAUGUGAAGAGUUGUCACAACUGGAAGAGGAACAGGAAUUGGUGGCAGUUCGGACCCAAUUGGAGGAACUGAUACACAGUCGCAACGGAUAUUUAGAUGCAAAAAAUGCUCUGGACGGCGAUUGUGAGCGACUACGCGAGGAAAUUUAUCAGCUGGACAAAUCAAUUGCUUCACGACGUCGACGGAAACAGCGUUGGCAAAAUCGGUUCAGUGUUGUACGUGAGGGUCUUGAAAUGAAGACCAGUGACGUUCAGCUGAUGUUGCAAUGUUUGCGUCAGGCUAGUAGAUCCAUUCAGGCCUUAAUGACCAACGUGGAGUCCACGAAAGACGAGAGUAUGAUUGAGAAAACCACGACUGAGACAAUUCAUCUAAUUCUAAACUGUUUUGCCCAGGCGGGAGCGGCUUCGGAUGAGAAUUCAAAGGAGCUGAUUACACUCCAGACGCAGAAGUCAACGGUCAGCGGUCAAGGAACAGAUACAAGCUCUCGCAUGUGGACAGAUAAUGAUCCACUGUCCCUGUUAGUUCAUCCACCAACGGACGAGAUCGGGAGCGACAUCAGUGAACCGAAUUCCUCGUUUGAAGAAGAUUUUGAAAUGGAAAUAUCGGCACCAGAAGAGGAGAUAAAUACAGCGAGUGAACUGAUACAGCAAAUGUCCAAGUCCGGUAGAUCGGAAGGAACGCAAAUUGCGGAGUUCUCUCUGAAUGAGGGUUUGGAAACACAGCGGAAACAAACGGAGAGACUGGAUUUGCUUUGGACUCAGAUUCACAAAUCUCCACUGGAUGCGUACACACCGAGUUCUCGAUCGUGGAGUGAAAUACUUAAAUUCCUGGCAUCGAAUGUUUCAUUUCGAAAUUUCCAAAUACCCAGCGAAUCAAGGGAGAACGUGUACUUGCGAAUUGGUGAUUUGUUCAUUGUGCCCACACCGAACAAGCAUAUACCAACAAAAAGCCAACUUUUGGCUGUUUCUCGCCAAUCGCAAACCGGAUCGGAUCAGGCGUGGAUUGCGUCAAUAGACGAGGAAAUGGCUCGCCCAACAACUGUGAAAAGAACUGAGAAAAUUCGAAAACAACUAGAAACAUUUGGACCGGAAUUGGCUCUUCUUCUUGACUCAAGCACUAAAGUCGCAAAUGUGUCCGGUGAGAUGUACAAAAAAGCCACCGUGCAUUCAGUAUUGAUGCUUGUGGCCCGUAAGGCCGGAUGUUAG